UGAAAAUGUCCUACGAUUUCGAUGACGAAUCCGCAAAUUUCCUCUCUGAAGCACGAAAUUCCGAGCGGUAUAGCACAAUGAGCUCAAUGGUUGCUAACUACGAGCACAAGAUUUCUAACAUCUCCAAUGAGCUAAAAAUGGUAUCACAGAAGGUCACUAAGAAGUUGAAGGACUACGGCAAGAACAGGAGUGAGAUCCUGUCUCUUUAUAGUAACAUGAUUGAGCUAAGCCACCAUAUGAAUGAGACUAUUGUUAAGUCGAAGCAAGCUCCAGAGAGCUCAGGGGAAAGUCAGAUGAGAAUCGUUAAGUGGAAAUAAUAUUUCAUUGAAGUAUGUCAAGCAGAUUAAAACUUUGGAGGCAGCUAUUUUUCAGAAGCAGAAGGAGUUAGAUAAACUGGCCAACGUAAAAUCAAGCAAAAGGGGAGGCUCUAAAUAUGGAAAAUAUAAUGAAGAUGAAGAUGAAAUGGCUGAGCUUAUCCAACCAGAAUGUACCGGCGAAGAAGGAAAAUUUGAAGGACUCAAGCUUAGACAAAAAGAGACAGUUCAAGGGGAAACAUUUGAAGAAUUUAUGAAGCGUAGAUCUAAGCGAAUUACAAAACUUAAGGAAUCAAUGGAAAAAAUAAAUGGGCUCUACCACGACCUCAAUGACCUAGCUAAUGAACAAGAUGAGCAAAUAAACCAUCUUGAUUUUAAUAUGGACAAAGGCCUUGAAGAGACUAAAAAAGCUAAUAAACAACUCAAGAAAGCCAAGCCAAAAUCUAUGGUAAAUAUGAGGCUAGUAGUAUCAGUCAUUAUCCUGAUCCUUGCCAUCCCUCUUCUCAUCAGAUGGACCAUCAUGAGGCAAUAAAUC